AUGGCGAAGAGAAGGAUCUCGUUGGGCCUCUUUCUUCGCACCAGCAACGACGUCGAGCUGACACUGUCCCCCAACAGAGUGGCUACGUUCCGCGUCUCUGGUGGCGUGCUGGACUUCUUCAUCUUCUUCGGAGCCACUCCGACCGAAGUGGUGGCGCAGUACACUCGAUUCGUGGGUCUGCCGGCGAUGCCCUCGCUAAGAUUCAUCGAGAACGGAACACCCACCAGCACCGACCGCAUUGUUCUUCCCUUUUCCAUGCCCGUCAAGGAGGAGAGUGGCCCCAAAUUGGAGCAACGGCUGCUCGAUCUGACGCAUCCGGCAGCAGAGCACGAGUGGACCAAGAUGAUGGACACCUUGCAGGCGUUCGAAAAUCUCAGGACUACGGACGUAAUGUGGCUGGAAGCAGUCAGUUGUCUGAAUGGAACCAGUGAAGCCCUCGAAUGUCCGGAGGACUCAAGGACGUUCCCGUGUAACGAAUGUAGUGGAACGCCCAAGCUGCACCUGUCGCAGUACUCGGAUGUGCGCAACGCGUACGGCUAUCUCAUGGCACGCAUGGCUCACCGGGUCAUGGCGCCGAAGUUAGGGGCCUAUCCCGCGUUGGCCACAAGCAAUGACACGUUUCCCGGCAUUGGCAAGUGGAACGUCCUCUGGAACCUCGCACCGGGCCAAGGAGUGAAAGGCCUCAAAAGGGCUGUUCGAGACAUCCAGCUGUACAGCAUUCUUGGUCUCCCGUACUUCAUCAUGUCCCUCUGUCCGGUGGAAGCUGUAUCAAACAACACCGCACUUCCUCCUGUUCCUCUGUCCAGUGGAAGCUGUAUCAAGACAACCAAUCUCAGCCUGUGGCUGAGCUUGGCUGCCUUCCUUCCCAUCAUGCAACAUCUCAAUACUUCGACGAGAUUGGACGUUUCCAGGCGAGCCGCAAGCUCCCAGCCACAGUACACAAUUUAUGCUUGGCCCACAUCUGAUGGUGGUUCCCCAGACUCAGCACCAGCUCCAUAUGCCACUCUGAGUGAGAGGAACACUCGUUUCCGCUUCUUCUACGCAAGAAAUUUUCUGGCAGGGUACUGCUCACCUUGCGUCCACGGUGACGUGCUGGGCAGCGUCACCAUACUCGGCCUCACCAAAGCUCCGUCUCGAGUAGAAUUCAACGGCGAGGAAUUAGCCUUCAGUAUUGACAAACAGGCUUUGAUGGUCGAAUCUGCCUACCACGUCUUGACCAAGCCUUUUGUCAUGAAGCUAAUAUAGGCAUUUUUUGGGUAUAAUAAAAUAAAAGAAGAACCUGCU